UGUUUUACAUACCGAUUAGAGUUAAAGUCCGACUGUAUUCGGAUAAGUCAAAAAAGGUGCGAAAGCAUUGUUCUGUCCUUUUUCCCAGGAUCGCUUUCAUCGUGCUCUAUUGGCCUCUUAUAGCCAUCGCUUCCUGGCAAAGCUUUUGCACUCGAUAUGUCCCUUAAUUAAAACCUACCCUCAGAAAAUUGAGAUAAACACAAUCCAUCCGUUCCCGACAAAAAAUGAAUGGGUUCGAUUUCAAAGAGAUUCAGGAGAAGAUCUCCCACAGCUUUCGUCCAUGGCAACGAUCCUUUCAAUUCUGGGUUCGAGCUACCAAUAUUUACACCGGUUACAAGGUCUCUCUUCGAUGGUGUGCCAACUUCGAGUGAGUUGGGUGAAAGAUGCGAAGAAACAGGAGCAAAUGUGGGAGAGCCAACACGAGCAAGCCGCUGACAAAAUCUACUUUAUGUGUUCUGAUCUUGGCGGAUUCUUCCUUAAGAUUGCUCAACUUUUAGCAAAACCUGACAUGGCUCCAGCUGCGUGGGUGAGAAAGCUUGUCACAUUGUGUGAUCAAGCUCCCGCAACGCCAUUCGGUGCGGUUCAACGUGUUCUGGAGGAGGAGUUAGGUCAAACCAUUGAUGAAAUCUUCGAAACAUUUGAUGAAAAGCCUCUUGGCUCCGCUUCUAUUGCUCAGGUUCACAAAGCAAGAGUAAAGGGUAACAAGAUGGAUGUUGUUGUAAAGGUUCAACAUCCUGGCAUCGAGAAGCUGAUGAUGACAGAUAUAAGAAACUUGCAACUAUUCGCCUUAUACGUGCAGAGAACAGAUAUCAAAUUUGACCUGUACUCUAUAACAAAGGAAAUGGAGACACAGAUUGGUUAUGAAUUUGACUUCAAAAGAGAGGCCAAUGCAAUGGAAAGAAUUCGACAUUUUCUAUAUGAGAACAACAAGAAGUCUCCUGUUAUAGUUCCAAGGGCACUGCGAGAUACGGUGACUAAGAAGGUGCUGGUGAUGGAAUACAUAAAUGGGAUUCCGAUCCUGAGCCUUGGUGAUGAAAUGGCUAGAAGAGGGAUAAAUCCUCAUGGUAAGAUUGCAGAGGCAGCAAAGCAGAAUAUACUUACCAGUUUAUCCCGUGCAUAUGGCCAAAUGAUACUGAAAAGUGGUUUCUUUCAUGCGGAUCCACAUCCUGGAAACAUCUUGAUUUGUGAUGGUCCAGAGGUUGCACUGCUAGACUAUGGGCAAGUGAAGGAACUCUCUGACAACUUGAGACUUGGUUAUGCGAAUUUGGUCAUUGACAUUGCUGAUAACAAUGCUUCACGAGUAGCACAGAGCUUUAGGGAACUUGGUUUGCAUACGGUAGCCAAGUGUGAGAACGAGCAGCAAGAACUUCUACGUUUAGCACAAACACUUUUUGAUACAAAGAUGCCAGCUGGUCAGACAGUUUUGCAACCUUUCGCAGAUGACUCCUCGAUUAAAAAGAUUGCUGUUGAGGCAUUUCCGGAGGAACUGUUUUCUGUUCUACGUACUGUAGUACUGUUAAGAGGACUCAGUGUUGGGAUGGGAGUUAACUAUUCUUGUGCAGAACAGUGGAGAUCAAUGGCUGAAGAAGCUUUACUUGCAUCUGGAAGAUUGACAAGAGAUGUAAAACGAACUUCUCGGAGACGGGCCUCUAUUCGAAGCCUGCGUGCAGGACACUAGUGGCCGAUCUUGAGUUUUUCUUUUCAUCUUUCUUUUACUUCUCGCCAUAAUUUGUUUAUUUUAAUUGACAUUUAGGAUGCAUUAUAUAAGCGACAGUAGAGGAUAUAAGAUAUGGUCUGUUCAACGUCUA